CGCCGCCGCCAGUGUCCACCCCCCCCGCCCAUCGGGGGUCCGUUCCUUUGUGCCCGUCGCGUCACGCCCCGCUGCCGUAGCUGCGGUAGCACCGCGGGAGCUGGAAGAGGAGGGGGGAGGCAUCGUGGAAAACGUCGUCCGCCCGCCCGCGCCGCCGCCGCCUCAUGCCGUGGCGUCGUCCUGCCGCCGGCCCGGCGACCUGCAUGGCCGGGCAUGGGGAGCGCUGUACCCUCCCGCGCCCCCAGGGCUGAGGCGCCCCUCGCCGCUUUUCGGCGGCUGCUCGCCGCACUGGGGCUCCUGCUGCUUCGCGCAGGUGACUGUAAGCUGCACACAUCUUGUGGAAUCCAGAAGUGCACCACUGAUUUUGUGUCCUUUACUUCACAUCUAAACACAGCUCUUGAGGACUUUGAUUUGGAAUUCUGCAAGGCCCUGCGGGCAUACUCUGUGUGUACCUAUCGCAAUUCCAAAGUAUGCCGUGGAAACCUAGUCUACCAUUCUGCAGUGCUUGGGAUCAGUGAUCUCAUGACCCAGAGAAACUGUACCAAAACUGGACCCACAUCCUCCACCAACUCUGAAAUGACCCAUGAUCCUUGCAAUUACAGUGGCCACACAGAAGCAAGAGAACAUCAAAGGGGAGAGAAGACACCUCCUCCUACGUACUUGUUUUGUGGCUUGUUUGGGGAUCCUCAUCUGAGGACUUUUAAAGACCGCUUCCAGACAUGCAAAGUGGAAGGCGCUUGGCCCCUCAUAGACAAUAAAUACUUAUCAGUGCAAGUGACCAAUGUGCCUGUGGUCCCAGGAUCCAGCGCUACUGCUACAAAUAAGAUAACUAUUAUCUUUAAAUCAUACCAAGACUGCACAGAUCAGAAAGUAUAUCAAGCAAUGACUGAUGACUUGCCUGCAGCUUUUGUUGAUGGCACAACAAGUGGAGGAGAUGAGAACACCAGGAGCUUGCACAUUGUGGAGAAAGUCAAUGGCAAAUAUAUUGAGAUGCACGCAAGGUACAUCGGAACCACAGUGUAUAUCCGUCAGCUUGGGCACUACCUGACCCUGGCCAUUCGCAUGCCCCAAGAGUUGGUCAUGGCCUUUGAGGAGAACCAGGAUCUGCAGCUGUGUGUGAACGGCUGCCCUUCCACUGAACGUAUUGAUCCGAGUGGCCACUUGCCAUUGCCUGUGAUGGGAAAGCUGCUUCCUUGGGGUGCUGCAUCUCAUCCCCAGUCAGGGUAUACACUGGAAACAGCCACCACCAAAUGCCAUGAGAAGAUGCUUGUGAAGGACAUCUAUUUUUAUUCGUGUGUAUUUGAUCUACUCACCACUGGCGAUGACAACUUCACAGCUGCUGCUCACAGUGCCUUGCAGGAUGUGGAGGCACUGCACCCCAGCAAAGAGCGCUGGCAUAUCUUUCCCAGGAGUGGAGAUGAUGGUGUGGGCAGGGAUAGCAAAUUCUUUGUCAGUCUUGGACUUCUGUGCUUGAUCCUUGUUGCAUAUUUGUACGAUUCUUUUUUUAGACUCUAACAAAAUUUAUAUAUAUUGUUAUAAUAUAUUGAGUAAAGAGGAAUAUAUAUGUAUAUAC